AUGUCUUCAGGAUCCAAGCGUAUUGUGUUCACAGGAGGCAGCGGCAAGGCGGGUCGUCAUGUCAUCCCUGAGCUGCUCAAGAAAGGUCAUCAGGUUCUCAAUUUGGACCUCAUUCCAUUUCCUGAUCCAAAAGCGGGUGUCUACACCUUGAAGACGGACCUGACCCAGAGCGGCCAAGUCUUCAAUGCCUUGACGAGUCACUACGACAUGGAAGGCUACGAGCUGGGACGCCCGGAACCACCGCCAGACGUCGUCAUUCAUUUCGCAGCCUAUGCCCGCAACAUGCUCGUUCCAGACAACGAAUGCUUCACUGCCAAUGUCGCGUCAACAUACAACGUCAUCGAAGCCGCCUGCAAGCUCGGAGUCAAGAAGAUCAUCAUCGCCAGCUCAGAGACAACCUACGGCGUGUGUUUUGCUGAAGGGGACUACGAUUAUCAUUCCUUUCCCUUAGAGGAAGAUUAUGACUGUGACCCAAUGGACUCGUAUGCAUUGUCGAAACUCUGCGGAGAGCGAACAGCUCGCACGUUUGCUCGCCGCUAUGGAGUCGAUAUCUAUGCCCUCAGGAUCGGAAACGUCAUCGAGCCUCACGAGUAUGCCACAGACUUCGAGGCGUACGUCAACAAGCCGAUGACUCGAAAGCGAAAUGCCUGGUCAUACAUCGAUGCACGAGACCUCGGUCAGAUCUGCACGUUGAGCAUUGAAAAGUCGGGAUUGGGAUUCCAGGUUUUCAACGCAACCAACGAUACGAUCACUACCAAGAUUCCGACUGCACAAUUCUUGAAGGAGAACUGCCCCAACGUCCCGGUCACGAGGGAGAUGGGCGAAUGGGAGGCGCCUUUGAGCAACCGCAAAAUUCGGGAGGUGCUCGGGUUCAAGGACAACCAUGACUGGCGGCAGUACUACAAGGCUCACUAGAGGACAAGAUAUCUUCAGAAGCUCGUCGCUUGAUUGGGAAAGGGUUGUCUGCUUGUUGGUACAUUCACCCCGAAACUCUAAUGUGUCCACGGUACUCUCAGAUAUAUGACUGAUAAGUGGCAACGAGGAGAGCAACGAACCAUAGGUACACACAUCGAUGAUGCUCAAUGAAAGUAUGCCAGAUCGUCUCAUAAAAAAUUCUCGUUCUGGUUUU